GAGAAACUCCAGGGGGCCCUGGGUCCACUGAGGAAGCAGCUGGAGGAGGCCCGGGCGCUGACGUCUAAAGAAAAGGAGAAAAUCAGGGAGUGGCAGAGGAAAGUGCAGGUGAAGCGGGAGACGAUUGCCGGUGAAUUUAACAAGCUGCACACGCUGCUGAGGGAGGAAGAGCAGCUGCUUCUGCAGAGGCUGGCAGAGGAGGAGAGGGAGACUCUGCAGAGGCUACAGGAAAAUGUCUCCAAACUCUCCCAGGAAAGUGCCUCCCUGCAGCAGCUGAUCGCGGAGAUUGAGGGGAAGUGUCAGCAGCAGGUUGCUGAGUUGCUGAAGGAUGUGAAAAGCAUGUUGAGCAGGAGUGAAAACAUGAAACUCCAGGAACCAGAAGCCGUUUGCACCGACCUGCAGCAUGUGUAUAAAAUUUGUCUUGAUUUGAGGGAAGCUCUGAACAGAUUUGCAGGUGAGUGGAGCCCCUGGGACAUUGAGCUGUUUG